AGGACAAAACUCUGUUUUCUUUCUUUUGGUUAUAGAUAGAAAGAAAGAAGGCGUAAAGAGGUAGUUUUUAGAGAGGAGUAAAAAGAAAAAAAAUAAUACUAAGCAAACUUUAUCACGAGCUCUCUCUCUAUAUAUCUUUCUCUAUUUUAUAUCUGCAACUCCCAUUCUCUAAUAAAAAAUAAUAAUUGAAAAACCCAUAAAGGGUUGGUGAGGUUUUCACGUGUUUUUUGGUUAAAAAUCCAAUCUUUCGGUCCACGUAUAGUUCUAUUUCGAUCUCUCUCGAAAGGGUUUUCUCUAGUGAUGCUGAUAAUAUGAGUUAUUUUGAUUGAGCCCUCUUUUCUUCUUCUUGUGGAUUCUUGGUUUUUUGACAGAUAUAUUUGAAGUAGAUAGUUAGAAGGAGAAAUGGAUAGAUCAGUGAUGACAGUGGGGCCGGGAAUGGACAUGCCGAUCAUGCACGAUGGAGACCGGUAUGAGUUAGUGAGAGAUAUUGGGUCAGGGAAUUUCGGGGUCGCCAGGUUGAUGAGGGACAAACAGGCUGAUGGACUUGUUGCUGUUAAGUAUAUCGAGAGAGGUGAGAAGAUAGAUGAAAAUGUGAAAAGGGAAAUCAUUAACCACAGGUCGCUUAGGCAUCCCAACAUCGUCAGAUUCAAAGAGGUCAUAUUAACCCCAACUCAUUUGGCGAUUGUAAUGGAAUAUGCGUCUGGUGGAGAGCUCUUUGAGCGCAUAUGCAAUUCUGGUCGCUUCAGCGAGGAUGAGGCACGCUUUUUCUUUCAACAACUUAUAUCAGGAGUUAGCUACUGCCAUGCAAUGCAAGUGUGCCAUCGUGACUUGAAAUUGGAGAAUACUUUGUUGGAUGGAAGCCCAGCUCCUCGUCUGAAGAUUUGUGAUUUUGGUUACUCUAAGUCAUCAGUGCUGCACUCUCAACCAACAUCUACUGUUGGAACUCCUGCUUAUAUUGCUCCUGAAGUGUUACUUAAGAAGGAAUACGAUGGCAAGAUUGCAGAUGUAUGGUCUUGUGGAGUAACUUUAUACGUUAUGUUGGUUGGGGCUUACCCUUUUGAGGACCCUGAUGAACCUAGGAAUUUUCGCAGUACAAUCCAUCGAAUUUUGAAUGUCCAGUAUUCAAUCCCUGACUAUGUUCAUAUAUCUCCUGAAUGCCAACAUCUAAUCUCGAGAAUUUUUGUAGCUGAUCCUGCAAAGAGGAUAACCAUUCCUGAGAUCAGGAAUCAUGACUGGUUUCUAAAGAAUUUCCCAGCAGAUCUCAUGGUGGAAAAUAAUAUGAAUAACCAGUUUGAAGAACCCGAUCAACCAAUGCAGAGCAUUGAUGAGAUAAUGCAAAUAAUAACCGAAGCCACCAUACCUGCAGCUGGCACCUCUAGUCUCAACCAAUAUUUGACUGGCAGCUUGGACAUUGAUGAUGAAAUGGAGGAGGACCUAGAGAGUGAUCCGGAGCUUGACCUUGAUAGCAGUGGAGAGAUAGUAUAUGCAAUGUGAAUGCCUACCGAUGAAGGAUUAUCUAGAAUGCCUUACUGGUUGGCUGUGGAAGUGAAAGUGACUGUAAAAGAGCGGGGGGCAAAGUUUCUAUAUAUGGUGGAGGAUUUGAGGGCAAGGAAUUUGUAAUAUCUGCUGAAAAAACCCCAUCUGCGUGGCAGGUGUCCCGUUAUGUGAGCACCUUCUGUUCUUCUGUGAUGUGUUCUCACACCUUCAAGUCGCAUAUAAUAUAUUGUCCGUGUACUCUUUGUAAAACUUUCAUGUAAUAAAGUUUUACAUCUUAUCUUGAAUCA